AUGGAAGUUCGUUUACUAGUUGCGCUCCUCAGCUUGGCAGUGGCUUACUGUCGUGAUUUUCCAGAGUGCGUUGGGCGAAUGCAGAGUCCAAUUGCGUUGUCGACCCAAAGUGCGUUUCCUGGCAUGGAAUUUCUACCGUUGGAGCUCUCAACGUAUGAGAUGGAUCCAACGCAGGUCAUGGUGAGGAAUGAUGGAUACACAGCAAUUUACUCCUUCCAAUUUCCGGACAAUCAACCCAUCAUCGCGCGUGGAGGCGUGCUUAUGGGCGAGUUUCAGUUUGACAGUCUCCACUUUCACUGGGGUGCAAAUUCUGACAGGGGAACCGAACAUGUUAUCGAUGGGGGUCGAUACGCGAUGGAGGUACACUUGGUGUUCUUCAAUCGGCGGUACGAGUCGAUCGAGCAGGCUCAAACGCAAAGAAACGGGCUCGCCGUUUUAGGACUUAUGCUCACUAACAGCAGUGACGCUCCAAACUAUGGCUGGGUACCAGCGCUCAACGAGAUACAGCAGGCGGAAACUAGCUACACUCUACCGGAUCCGACAGUAUUCAACAUCCGGCAGUUCAUUGGGCCGGACAGAAGACCAUAUUUUAAUUACCACGGGAGUUUGACGACACCUCCGUGCUAUGAAUCGGUCAAUUGGUUGGUUCAGAAAAAAGUACUGUUAAUUUCCGAAGAGCAGCUCAAUGUCUUCCGAUCAUUACGAGACGCGGAUGGGAACCAAUUGGUGGAUAACUUUAGAUCAUUGCAGCCCAUCAAUGGCAGACCAAUUGUAUAUUAUCGAUAA